UAUUUGGAAAAUAAUCACUUGUGGAAAAUAUGUUGCCAACACGAAAAUCAUUUAAUCCUCAUUUGGAAGUUCUUUCAUUUUGAGAAAAAAGCACAUUUAUUAUUAUAUAUAUGAAUAUGAAUGAAUGAAAGUAUCUCAUAUUUCAUUCUCAUUUUUCUCAAAGUUUAGCACAAUGUCUGAGAUGAAUGAACCAAAUUCAGAGAAAGUUUGUGAAACUAUUGCUGAACCAAAUUCAGAGAAAGUUUGUGAAACUAGUGCCGAGUCUCCGACUACACCAGUUGGAAAACAACCAGAAGAAGCUGAACCAAAAAGUGGUGAAAGAAUCAAAGCUACAAGACACCCUAGAUGGACAAGACAAGAAACGCUUGUUCUAAUUGAGGCAAAGAAAGUGAUUGAAAAUGGAGAUCAAGUUUGUAGAUACAGAUCAUCAACAUCAGGGUUGGUUCAAACUGAUCCGAAAUGGGAUUUGGUUUCAUCAUUGUGUCAACAACAUGGUGUCAAAAGAGGUGCUGUUCAGUGUAGGAAAAGAUGGGGAAAUCUUCUAACUGAUUUCAGGAAGAUCAAGAAAUGGGAGACAAGUAUUAAAAAUGAGUCUGAGUCUUUUUGGAUAAUGAGAAAUGAUGUGAGGAAAGAAAAUAAAUUGCCUGGUUUCUUUGAUUCUGUUGUGUACAAUGUAUUGGAUGGAGGGGUUUGCACUGCUGCUGCAUUUCCACUGACACUGAUCAAAACGAUGCCGAGAGCAGCAGAGAAUGGUGAUCAAGUUGAAGGUGUGGCGGCGAUAGAGCAAGGUAAUAAAGAGGAUGAAAUUGAGGAGGAUGAGGAUGAGGCUAUUGUUGAUAGUGAAAAAAUGGGUUGGAGCACUGAGGAGGAAAACAUGGAUACAAACACAAAUGGAAAUAUGGUUAACAGUCCAUUCAAAACACCAAAUGCUAAGAAAAUUAGCAUUGGAGGAACUCUGAAAAUGACACCAAUUAUACUGCCUAGUUCAACAGAGAGGCAACAACAACCAUUUUUCCAAGGGAACUACGAUCCAGGGUGUCAGAGAGAAGCUUUGUUCAAUGAGGGAUACAAAAGAAAGCGAUUAUCCCCAGGUGAUUCUGAAGAGACCACAGAUUUUAAUGAAGAUGUCAUCAAAGUGCUAAGAAGAAAUAGUAACAUACUGAAAGCUCACCUUGGAGCUCAGAACAUCAAUUCCCAAUUGGCCAGAGACCAGCAGAAACAGCACACAGAUAGCUUGGUUUCAGCCCUUGGAAGGCUUACUGAUGCUAUCACAAAAAUUGCAGACAAGAUGUAAAACAAUUCAGAAGAAAAUGAAGUAUUCUUCAGGGCAAUCAGGCAUAGUAUCCGUGGACAAGGAUUUUUUAAUCACUUAAAUUUGGCACUUUAGUUUUUGUUAUCAAUUAUUCUCUUUAAGUAGUUUUUUUGCUGCACAUUGUUUCAUUUUGGUGAAAAAUUCUCUUCAUAUACAUUUGUUUUAUGAAAUUGAUGUUUAUUCUUUCAA